AUGUUUUCACAUUAUGCAUCACUAAUACCAGAUUAUGCCACUAAGGUGAUUCCUCUUGCCCGUACUGCAUUUCCCUUGUCUAAAGCAGGGUUACAAUCGUUUGAAACUAUAAAAACUGAAAUAAUUGGAUCUGUAGUAAGCUGCAUUGACCCUGAAGCACAAUUCAUUGUGGAAACUGAUGCAUCUGAGAGCACCAUUGCUGCUACUUUGACUCAAUCAAACCGUCCAGGUGCAUUCUUCUCAAGGAUACUUUCACCAGCAGAACAAAGACAUUCAAGUGUUGAGAAAGAAGCACAAGCUAUUGUAGAAGCACUGCGAAAACGGUGUCACUACUUGGUUGGCAAACAUUUCAAGCUAAUUACUGAUCAGAGGUCGGUAGCUUUUAUGUUUAAUAACAACCAUCAUGGUAAAGUAAAAAAUGAAAAGAUAAUGAGGUGGAAACUGGAACAGUCUUGUUUUCAUUACGAUAUUGUAUAUAGACCUGGCAAAGAUAAUAUGGCUGCUGAUGUUCUGUCUAGAGUAUGUUCUUCAAUCCAAAAUCAGGAAAAUCUAUUAGUUGAUUUACAUGAGUCUCUAUGCCACCCAGGCAAAACACGGUUGUACCACUGGGUUCGGAGUAAAAACUUACCCUACUCAAUUGAUGAAAUCAGACGUAUAACAAACUCCUGCAAAGUGUGUGCUGCUGUCAAGCCCAAAUUCUUCAAACACAAAGGGACUCUGAUUAAAGCCACUUCUGCAUUUGAACGGCUAAAUAUCGAUUUCAAAGGCCCUCUGCCUUCAUCAAGUCGAAAUCGUUAUUUAUUGGUAAUAGUAGAUGAGUUUUCACGGUUCCCUUUUGCUUUCCCAUGUCCAGACAUGUCAUCAUCUACAGUUAAAUCAAAACUGAGAACCCUGUUUUCUAUGUUUGGGGUUCCUAGUUACAUACAUUCAAACAGAGGAACAUCAUUUAUGAGUCAAGACUUGAAAAAUUACCUAAACUCGCAUGGAAUUGCAACUAGCAGAACCACUGCUUACAACCCAGCAGGUAAUGGACAGGUUGAAAGAUAUAAUGGUAUUCUAUGGAAAAUGAUUGAGCUAGCAUUAAAAUCACUUAAUUUAGAAAUAAAUCAAUGGGAGUCAGUUUCAGAAGAUGCUCUUAGCUCAACAAGAACAUUACUUUGCACAGCCACAAAUCAAACUCCUCAUGAGCGUAUGUUCUUACACCCACGUAGAUCUGGAAACAAUGGUGUUUCAGCUCCUUCUUGGCUUCUCAAUUCCGGCCCUGUCUAUUUAAAAAAAUUCAAUCGAACAUCUAAAUAUGAGCCACUUGUUGAAGAGGUCCAACUUCUACAUGGAAAUGCUGAGUAUGCACAUGUAAAGCUACCUGAUGGAAGAGAAACCACAGUAUCAACACGUCAUCUUGCUCCAGUUGGAGAGUACGAGAACAGAGAUCACGGAGAACAAACCGAUUCUGAAAAUGAUGAAAAUUCUCAAUUACCAACUUCCGAACCUGAACUUGAAUACUUCCAUAAUCCUCAAGCAACCCAAAACCAAGAAAACGAAACUAGUAGCCUACUACUGCCGAGAGCUUACAACCUAGACAACAGACUACUGGACAAGAAAAUCAAAAUACAUAUCCAAGAAGAAGUUUUAGAAAUAGAAGACCUCCUAAUUAUUUGAAUGACUACAUUCAUUAACUCUUUGGGGGGAAGAAUGUAGUAUAACAACAUAU